CAAAGACAGAAAGAGUGGAACAGAAUUAAGGUGGUUUUUUAGCACCUUCACACAAAACCACCCUUUUCUGCAAGUGUCUUUUUUUUCAUUUUAUUUUUCUUUUUUAAUUUUUUUUGAUCGUGUUGUCCUAAUUGCUGUGUAAAUUUUAGUCACAUUUGGGUUUCUUGGCCAUGUCUACAGACCCUUCAACAAGUUCUGCGGCUGCCGCAGAGGAAAAAUCCAACAAGAGAAAAUCCAAGAAACCCAAAUAUUCUAGAUUUACACAGCAAGAACUUCCUGCUUGGCAACCAAUUCUAACACCUAGAUGGGUCAUUACAAUAUUUACACUUAUAGCACUUGUCUUCAUCCCUGUUGGCCUUGCUGCAUUUUCUGCGUCACAGAGUGUGGUGGAAGUUGAAUACGAAUAUGACACAGCAUGCAUUCCGGAUUCUUACAAAGAUAAUGCAACUGCAUACAUUAAAGAUGAUAAUACAAACAAGACUUGCACGCAGAAAUUGAGUAUUAAGAGUAAAAUGCAGGCCCCGAUUUUCGUCUAUUAUCAGCUUGAUAACUUUUACCAGAACCAUCGCCGAUAUGUUAAAAGUAGAAGCGAUGAACAACUGAGGACAAAGGACAAAGAGAAUGAUGUAUCAUCAUGUAGUCCUGAAGAUUAUGUAACAAUCAACAAUAAGUCUGAACCAAUUGUUCCUUGUGGCCUUAUUGCAUGGAGUCUAUUCAAUGACACCUACAAAAUUCAAAACAAGGAUAAGGAAGUUGUCAUCAACAAAACGAACAUAGCAUGGGCGAGUGACCGAACCACCAAAUUCGGAUCCGAUGUUUAUCCCAAAAAUUUUCAAGCUUCAGGAUUGAUUGGGGGUGCUAAACUGGAUCCAACCAAACCUCUGAGUGAGCAAGAAGAUCUCAUUGUUUGGAUGCGAACGGCGGCGCUGCCCAAAUUCAGAAAGUUAUAUGGGAAGAUUGAGACUGAUCUUGAAGCUAAUGAUGAAAUAGUGGUAGUGAUAGAGAACAAUUACAAUACAUAUGAGUUUGGUGGCAAGAAGAGCUUGGUUCUUUCAACAGCAACUUGGAUUGGUGGAAGAAAUAACUUCUUGGGAAUUGCUUAUGUUGUCAUUGGUAGCAUGUCCUUGUUGCUGGCUUUGGGUUUCCUACUUCUAUAUAUCUUGAAACCAAGACCACUUGGGGAUCCAACAUACUUGUCCUGGAACAAAAAUCCAGGAGGCUUAAGAUGAUGUGUGAUGUCUAAUAUGAGUUUGAUUUAACCAUUCACUAAUUUAAUGUCUCAAUUUCUUUUAAUAGUGGAAAAAGGAUGUGACAUGAGGCUUGUUCUUGACUAGAUUGAAGAACUUCAAUCUUGAUGAUGCAUUUAAAAGCUUUCAUACGAUUUUUGUUGCCAAACUUGAAAUCCAUAAGAUGUGUAUGAUCUAGGAUCAAAAGUACGGAGUGUAUGUACAUGCUACAAUUUGGGUUUAUAAGAAAAUUUUCUGUGUGCACAAAAAUCCUAUGAAAUCAAAUGGAAUAGAGAGAAAAAUGUUAUUUUAAUGGAAGUUGUUCAUGAAAAUUGGUCACUAUAGCAGCACCUAGCAUAGCAAAGAGACUUGUUUUUAGUUUCUUCAUCUUUUCAUGAAGGAUUAUAGUUGAUGUCUUUACUCA